AUGGCGGAAUAUCAACAACCUAACACAAUGAAGUUAGUUGUCGUUGGAGACGGUGCAGUUGGAAAAACGUGUUUACUCACUCGUUAUCGUACAAACACUUUCCCAACAGACUAUGUCCCCACUGUGUUUGACAACUUUGUUGAAGAAGUCCCUUAUCAGAAGUCUGUUAUUAACUUACAAAUGUGGGACACCGCUGGUCAAGAAGAUUUCGACCGUAUUAGAAACAGAGCAUACCCAGACACUGACAUUUUCUUGUUGUGUUUUUCGAUUGAUGAUACAAACUCGUAUGAAAACAUUGAAGCUAAAUGGGUCCCUGAAGUUCAACAUUUCUGUCAAGACGUGAAACUACUUCUUGUUGGGACAAAGAACGACUGCAGAAAAGACAAAGGAGCAGACACAAUUACAACGGCACAGGGAGAGGAGCUUAAAGUAAAAAUUAAAGCAAACGCGUAUGUCGAGUGUUCAGCAAAAACGGGGUCCGGUGUAAAAGAUGUGUUUAAAACAGCAAUGGACCUCGUCAAGGGAAGAGCUGACGAGAAGAAAGCAAACGAGAAAUGUGUUGUUGUCUAA